AUGGGGUACUUUCCAUCUGCGCCACUGGGGCCAACCCUUGCUGUCAGUUUACAGCUUCUGAGUCUGGUCAGGCAGGUCUUUAUGUGCAUGCCCCCAAACAUUUCUGCAUGGUGCAAGUCCCUUGAAGCAUAUCUUGCUAGCAUGGGCUACAAGAUAGACAUAAAGGAAGGUAUAUGUCGAAGGUUUAGUAAUGCAUACCACUGGUAUUGCAUCCUGGAAAUCUCAGUUGAUGAAUAUGUUCAACAACACCUGGAAAGUGCUGCAACCCCACCAGCUGACAUCCUCCCUGCAGUUCCAUCAUCCUCUCACCACCCUCCAGAUGUCUCAAGCUCAAGGACAUGGCCUUCAGAAUACCUACAAAAGCAUUGUCCAUUGUGCUUUGGUAGUCACAACUGGAAAAAUAAUAAUAGCUCCUCUGAUCCUGAUGCAAUUGUUUGCAUUGAUGCUUGCUUUACCCAGAAACAUAGAAGAAGUCAACAGGAUGAUCCAGUAAACCCUACAGGUUCAGUUUUUCUGUCACAAGAAGACAUUGAUACUAUGGAAUGUGAGGUUGAAGGUUUGAGAAGGACAAAGGAAUCAAUGCAAAAGAGGAGUGGUCAGUCUUCUAAGAAGAAUUGUGGAGAUGAGGAUAGAUUUGAGCAGGGCAUGAGGAUACCACCAUCAGUCCUCAAGGGUUGUAAUGAAUCCUUCACUGCAGCUGAUGAGAGACAUCAGAAAGCAAGUACCCAAUUCUUUUCAGAUACUGGAGUUAUGGCCCUACUCUGUCAUCAUGAUUGUGUUAUUCACCUUGCCAACAUGACUUCAGCAGGGGAGAAGCAACACUAUGCACUUGCCCUUAUCAAAUCAUUAUUCAGUCACCUCCCUGAUGAUUUUCACAUUGGGCUGUUAUAUGACAUAGGCUGUCAGCUUGAACAGAGCUGCAGAAAGUGGGGCUACCUUGGGCCAUUUCUGCCCUGA